AUGCCAGGCUCAACGUCUUUAACAGAUGAUUCAGUGAACCUCAACAUGGAAGAACUCACCAAUCUUCGAAGGAGACGAGGCUUUAUCCAAGCAGCCAUAACGAAUUUCACAUCAAUCGUGGAGACAUACACAACAACUCCCGAGAACAACAGCAAGCCGUAUCGACUCCAGGCAGCUCUUCAAAGACUCAAGGAUAGAUUCAUGACAUUUCCUGAAAUUCAAGAUCGUUUGGAAGAAUUGGAUGAGGAAGAAACGCCAAAACGUUUCAAAUUAGAAGAUUCCUACGACAAGGCUGUAGGAGAUGCUUUGGAACUCCUGGAGCCCCAUCAACCACCGAGUAUAGCAUCAUCACAAUUACAAUCCUCUCCGCCAGCACCACCGGCCAUCAUCAACAAUUUCCCUCAUCAACCCCGAUUGCCGGAACUCAAAAUUCCUGAAUUCGACGGGUCGAUCGAGAAUUUCUAUUCAUUCUGGGAUUCCUUUAGAACGCAGAUUCACGAUUGUUCAUUACUGAAAACCACUCAGAAGUUCGGCUAUCUACGCGGAUUACUGAAGGGCAGCGCUGGUGCCGCAAUCGGUUCUCUGGGAACAACAGAAGCAAACUACGCAACUGCAAUUGACAUCCUCAAGAAAAAAUUUGACUGCAAAAAGAAGAUACUCCGGCGGCAUUGGAGCAUCAUGCGAGACUAUCCAUCUCUACAACGAGGCGCGCUAGGACAGCUCGCAGAUGUCAUGAAUCAGAAUAUCCAAGCAUUGGAAACUCUUGGACAAGAUGUCACCAGCUGGGAUCUCCCUCUUAUCGAUCUCAUCACGCAGAAGUUGGCACCAGAGACUGUUUGGCAGUGGGAGCUCAGAACUCAGGGAAAUGAAUUGCCCACGUAUAAACAAUUAUUGGAUUUCAUUGAAGCAAGAGCAACCUGCCAUGAUACCAGGACAACAGCUCUAAGGAGCUAUCCUCCAACUUCUUCAGAGACAUCUUCAUCUGACAAGAAGAAAGAGAAAAAACUCCGAAGACAAGCCUUUGUCACUGCAUCAGUGGGUCCAUCAGCAUCAACACCAGCGACAUCAGCAUCAGCGGGGUCAUCGUAUGUUCUACAUUGCGGGACAGUACACCGCCACAUCAGCAAGUGUCCUUUGUUCAAGGGUCUAACUCCAGAACAGAGGUAUAGCAAGACUAAAGGUGCUGGCUUAUGCAUCAACUGUCUCAAGCCAGGACACGAACGCUCAGUGUGCAUAUCCUCAGUAGACUGUUCAAUUUGCAAGGACAGGCAUCACACAUUGCUCCAUUUUAACACUGGUGAGAAGUCUACUCCCACACAAUCAUGA